GAGAGAAGAAAAAUGGAGGCACUGUUCCAGAGCUCUCUCCCCAUGGGCCCCAAAUUCGCGAUUCGAAAAUUAGGGCUCGCUUCCUCCCCCAUUCAAUCCGACCCAGCAACCGAUCUUCCCAAAUCAUCCGAUCGAAUCCCACUCCGAGGAAAAUUCCUUCCUGUUCUCCAUUUCCGACCGACCAUCGAUCCUCGAAAGCUCGAACGUUGGAGCGAUCUUCCUGCUUCGAAUCGGAAUUCGACUCGCCCGAUCGGGCCUGCAGAUUCCCCAAAUGGCGAUAAUCGGCGACGCGCUGCGCCAGGCGUUCAUGCCGAAGCGCGAGUACGAGAGCCUCCGCGACGAGGACAAGGCGUGGCUGAAGCUCCAGCGGCCCGCCCUGGUGCUCGUGACCUCGGCGGUCUGCGGCCUGAUCCUGGCGUGCACGAUCGUCAGCCUGAAGAUAGUGUUCCCCGGGGACGGUACCCUGAAGAGGCCGUUCUGCAGCGACCGGAGGGUCCUGCCCCUGUCGAUCGACGAGAAGGGCGGGGACGCCGACGCGCUCCCGGGCGCGUUCUACCUGACGGACGCGGAGACGGUGGAUUAUUAUUGGAUGGUCGUGUUCGUCCCGUCGGCGAUCAUUUUCGCGGUGUCCGCCGUGUACCUUGUUGCAGGGUUCACCGUCGCUUACUCUGCUCCAACAAGGCAUGGGUGCUUGAAAGUGGUCGAGAAUAACUACUGUGCUUCGAGAAGGGGUGGUGUCCGCUGUCUUUCUAUUCUCAAUGUCGUCUUUGCUAUCAUAUUUGGCCUUCUGGCGAUAUUUCUGGGUUCAAGCCUCCUCACAUUGGGCAGCAGCUGUUCAGUGCCCCUGUUUUGGUGCUAUGAAAUAUCAACUUGGGGGCUCGUUGUUUUGUACGGAGGGACUGCCUUUUUCCUGAGAAGGAAAGCUGCUUUAAUAAUCGAUGGAGGAGAAUACGGUAGUCGAACCCUUGGUCUCGAAAUGCUCGAAGCUAAUCCAUUGGAAGUCACUCCCGACGUGGAAAGACGUGUCAAUGAAGGGUUCAAAACAUGGAUGGGAUCAUCCCUCUUGUCCUCCGACGAAGAGGAGGAUGAGCCGGAAAGCUACGUGGAAGUGCCUCAACCAAGUCUCACUGACUUCAGCGGGCAAAGAGUGUGACUUCAGAAAGAAGAGGUGCCUGGAUUCAGACUCGAUAGCAUUUGCAUUUUACCCUGGACCGCUGCAGAGCAUUAUCGGAUUCGGAUUUGCUUAAAGCAAAUCUGCACUGAUGAACUGACACCAUCUUAGAUUAGAUAAGUUUUGGCAAUGCUGGGUCAACUGAGGCCUCGUCUCUGACGUCUGGCUAUGACCUACUCCGCGGGCAAUCCUCAUAGCUUGUGAAUAAUAAAUGAUUUUUUGCCCUCACAUUCUGUAACAGUGUACUUACAUGGUAUAGCAGUAAAGGAAGCACCAUUGCCCUGAUGGCUUCUGCACUCAAUUCGUUUUGAGUUUUCUCAGUGACAGAAAAUGAAACGCUGUGUAGUUUAUGACCUUGUGUCACGUGGUUUGAUUUGUGACGGGAAAAUCACAUAAAUAGUAUUUGAAUUUUGUCUCAA